AUGAUUGAAGUAGUGGGCCAUAAGAAGGACAUAUUUGCCCAAGUGUUGACCCUCUUUCACUCCUCUCCUUGCAGAGUGAAACUAUUUAAGGGUAAAUCUGUCCGCAAUAUCUUGGCGGAACGUGGUUUACUCGAAGAUUUCCUGAAGAAACACCCAUACAAUCCCCUUUCCAAAUUCCGUGGACCAUCCCAGCAGGACUCAUCAGGUUCAACAGAGCCACUAGUGAACUACCUGGAUCUGUCUUACUACGGAACAAUCAGCAUCGGGACUCCACCUCAGAGUUUCAUUGUCGUCUUUGAUACUGGCUCUUCAAACCUUUGGGUCCCAUCGGGUUACUGCUCUAGUCCAGCAUGCCGUGAUCAUCGCAAGUUUAAUCCACAAGCGUCCUCAACAUUUCGCCUUUCAAACAAGUACCUUUCUAUCCAAUAUGGUACAGGCAGCAUGACUGGUGUACUGGGAUAUGACACUGUCAGAGUAUCCAACAUUGAUAUCACCCAACAAGAAUUUGGUUUAAGCAUCACUGAGCCUGGCAGCUUUCUUUAUUAUGCUGAAUUUGAUGGAAUUCUGGGAUUGGGAUAUGCAGAUUAUGCCAUUGCAGGUGCCACAACUGUUUUCGAAAACAUGAUGUCUGAGCAUCUGGUGGAGCAAUUUAUGUUUGCUUUUUAUCUGACCAGACAGGAUGGUGAGUCAGGAAGUGAAGUUGUAUUUGGUGGAUUUGAUCCAAACCAUUACACAGGUAACAUUAACUGGGUUCCUGUCACUGUGGAAGGAUACUGGCAAAUCCUUGUGGACAGUGUAAAGGUCAACGGCCAGGUAGUGGCUUGUGAAAGCGGUUGUCAGGCCAUUGUCGAUACUGGCACCUCUCUGAUUAUUGGCCCUGUCUCACCGAUCCAGAGAAUUCAGCACGAGAUUGGUGCAGAAGCACAACUUUAUUCUGUGCUUGGUGUGAACUGUCGUAACCUGCCCACAAUGCCCUAUGUGACUUUCACCAUCAAUGGAAUUGACUACCACCUUUCCCCUGACCAAUAUGUGCUCCAGGUACGCUUUAAACCUUAGGCUGCCAGAAUCUCCACAGCAUUGUUCAUCAUCUCAGGGUGUCUGAUAUUUGUAAAGGUUUCAGUGCAAUG